AUGCCUUCAUCUUCUCCCGAUCUGCCGACUCUGAGCGACCUGUCCCAGAGGUUUCCUAAGAAGGGGCCUCUGCGCACCGGAAGCCGAGCCGCACCCCUCCCAGCUGAUGCGCCGAGUACCUUUACGACCGCCGCCCAGCUGUGGCGCGCGACCCAGCUCGAACACGACCUGCCUGCGCCAGCGGCCCAGGGACCAGUACCAGAGACAAAGCCUCCUCCGAGGAGACGGAAAGCUGCUCCGAAAGACAAAGAUGUGGCAGAAAAACCUAAGCCCCGGCGCAAGCCAAGGAAGCAAAUCCCGAAGGCCGUUGUCGAACUCUCCCCCGACACAUCACGAAGCGAAGCGCAUGCGCCUGAACCGGUCGAGACUGCACAGCAGACACCACCUCGACCGAAAAAUAUCGCGGUCAUAGAGAUAUCGUCGCCAUUAUCCGACAAACCUUGGAGGAAAUUCAUGGCUUCCAAGAGCCCAAGUGUUGGUGAGAGGUCGCCCUCCAAGGACGACUCCUCCCAACAUGCGGCGUCUGACCUCUCCGAGAUGACGACAAGCGAAAGUGUCAGUAAAUACUUUGCAUCACCCUCCAAGAAAAAGAACAAGACAAACGAGGUGCAAGAGAUGGGGUCUACAGAUGAGCCUCCCAUAAUUCUGGAAUCGGCCCUAAGAAGGAGGACAGACUGGACUCCUCCGCCCGAAGACACAGUUGUCAUUGCCUCCGACCCUGCUGCAUUCGUCGAAGUUUUGACACAAGAUCAAAAUCCAUACAAAGACCCGGCCAACGAUAUUUUUGGCUCGCUGCGCACCAAUUUUGGAUACCUAGAAGAGCCUGCCCUUCCUAGCGUGGAAGCUCCCGUGGAUGAUGCUCCGAGGCCCAAGGUUCUGGAUAUGAUACAGAUUCAGGAGGACCCGAAACAACCAGAGGAGCAAUCGAUGCCUCCUCCCAAAAAGAAGGCCGCUAAGAAAAAGGCGCGCACGAUUACGGAAUUGGCGACGGCGGCCUACGCCGCGCGAACUGACGAUGAAGAGGCGGUUGCGGUGGAGAAGCCGAAACCUGACUCGCUGCUCAACUACUUCCCGGUCGAUGACGAGGAGAUUUGCUACAACCCCGGCCACCCUGUCGCGCAGCUCAGGAAAGGCGUAAAAGGGGCCUCAAAGACUCGCAAGAAGAAAGGGGAGCCGACGCGUCGGAAUGUUCUACUAUCGCCUACCUCGGCCAUGCGACAGUCGACGCGGCAAGACUUUGUGUUUGGGACGUCCAGCCAGCUAGCGCGCGAGGAAUCACCGACGCUAAUCAGAGAGUUGCAAGUGGCGAUUGCAGCGUCGAAUGCUGUCGACGAGGAGCAGCCUUGCGACAGUCUGUUGAUGGCGCGGACCGGCGCAAAGUCGAGGCUGUGGGCGGCGGGCGCUAGAGGUGCCGACGGCGAUCUGCACGAGCCCGAGGUCAUUGACCUCAUCGACUCGCCCGGAUUUCCAGAGGAUCCUCUCGCACGAUUGACUGAAAAACCUCAUGGCGCAGAAGUUGUACCCCUACAUGAUUGUUUGUCUGAACCGCUCGUCGAACCCAGCCCGACAAAGAACCCCGCAGUGAUCAUCGAUUUACUCGAUUCGCCUUGCAUACCCGUGCCACAAGGAAAAGGUCUUGCGCAAUUGCCCAACGGCGCACCCACUACCUCAGCUACACCUUCUCGAUUCACCGUCAACGGCCUUGCUGGGGCGAUAUCUUCUCCAAGCGUGGCGAAGAGAAUUGACCCCCCGCCUCGCAGCCCCAGCCCGGACGAGAUGCCACCACCGAGCAACCAGCAAGCCCUCGUGUCGCCGCCCAAACGGAAGGGUAAGGCGUCUGCGACCGCGGCCGCAUCUACGGCCCGCCCCAAAUAUGAACUGUUCACGGAUGCGCAGCUGUCCAAGGAGGUCAAGAAUUACGGCUUCAAGGUGGUCAAGAAGCGGAGCGCCAUGAUCGCUCUGCUUGACCAGUGCUGGACGAGCAGGCAUGGUGGCAGCGCGCUGGGGACGUCUGUCCAGUCUAUGGCAAUUUCUACGACGGCGUCGGCUGCAGCACCGCGUGGAAAGAAAGCAGCAGAGGUGACUGCGGCUACGACUGCGACGACCUCACCCGCUCGGCCUAGGGGCAGGCCGAGAAAGGACAAAGCUGCUGUUGAAGCAGCGGCACCAUCAGAAACUACAGAUGGCGCGGCGCCACAACCGGCCAAGAAAAGAGCAAGAUCAAAGAAGGACACCGCCGUCACUACGUCGACCACCACGGCCGCAAGAAAAGCGGUAGAAGGAGUGGCGGUCACGCCAAAGCGUAGGAAAGCCGCCGCCUCGGACCUGCCGGCGACGGCAGUGGAGAUUGCCGACUCGGACCUCGACGACCCCUUCUCGACGCCCGUCUCGGCCUCGGACCACGUCUUCUCCUCCCCUUCCGGCGUCGACAUCUCCGUCAGCGAGGACGCGGCCGACAUGUCGCUCGCGACGAGCAGCCCGACGAACCAGCAGGCCGCGCUGUUCGGCUUCAUCACGAGGGCCGUCACCACGGCGCCGCCGACGACGGACCCGCGGAACCCGUCGUGGCACGAGAAGAUGCUGCUGUACGACCCGAUCAUCCUCGAGGACCUCGCCGCGUGGCUGAACUCGGGCGAGCUCGACCGCGUGGGGUACGACGGGGAGGUGUCGGCGGAGGAGGUCAAGCAGUGGUGCGAGUCCAAGAGCGUGUGCUGUCUUUGGCGGAUCAGUAUCCACGGGAAGGAGAGGAAGAGGUUUUAG